UGCUGCCCUCCGAUUAUUUGGUGGAACUAUAAACAAGUUUGAAAGAAACAAAAGGCGGUGAGGCUGUAAAUAGUGUGUGUGAGUGUGUUUUUUCCGUUAUGGUGUUAUUUGCUUAAGUCGAUAAUGGCCAUGGGGGUGAACAAAAAUCGUGUGGUGCGGAAGCAUCGUUCACUAAAUAAUCUGACAUUACUGAAUGUUGCAUGUCCAGUUUGUAUGGGUAUUUUGAUAGAACCAGUGACAUUGCCUUGUAACCACGACUUGUGUUUGGAAUGUUUUGAGAAGUCUGUGGAAAAUAACAGCUUGACGUGCCCUAUGUGCCGAAAACGAAUAGGGGGUUGGCUGCGACAAGCAAAAGACAAAAGUUUAGUGAACCAGACUCUGUGGAAAUUGAUACAGGAGAAAUUCCCGCAUGAAGUUGAGGCCAAGCUGAAAGGAGACGAUGACGGCGUAGCGGACAGAAUAUCUGCAAUGAUUCCACCUGUGUCACUAUCUUCUGAAGGGGAAAUUCGUGAGGAAUUUGCUCUUGAAGUAAAGAAAUAUGAAGAAGAAAUAAGAAGGAAACAGGAAGAAGAACAAAAUGCUAGUUUAGAGCUUAUAAGAAAGUUGCAGGAGGAAGAAGAACGGAAAAGAUUAGAGGCUACGAAAUUGCUCACAGAAGAUGAAGAGAUUGCCAGAAAAGUUCAAGAAUCUGUAAAACAGGAAGAAAUAUUGGAAAUGGAGCGACGAAAAAGACAGCAGGCUGCAGAAGAUGAAAAAAUAGCAAGGCAGCUACAGGAACAAAUGAUGGUGGAACACUCUGAAGUACUGAAACCAAAAUCGGCCAAGAAGGAAAUCAAGCAUUCUCCUUCAACUUCAGGCACUGCCUAUGUUAAAGGUCCUAUGGAUUCAUUUGUCUACCAAGUGAAACAAGGUACUCCAGACAACACCAAAGAUAGUAAAUGCAAGAUGAAGCCAUUUGGAAGAGAAAAGCGAAGCCGCAGCCGAAGUAGUGACAGCAUUGAUAGUGAAGACAGCAUUAAACAGGAGCUGGUGCACUUUAAGCCUAUUAGAAUUGUUCCUCGUACACCCCCAAAGAAGAUGCCAGAUGGUCGUGUUUUUGAGCCCCGAGUUAUUGUAGCUUCUCCCCUGGGUAUAAAUGAUUUGUGUCGUGCAGUACGGAGAGGAAGUAAUCUUAAUCCAACUGCAAGGAAAUUGGCCGAGAACUUUAUGAAAAUGCAGAAGAGGCCAUAUGAAUGUACAAUCACACCACCUACAGAAGGACGCAUAUCAAAAAGUGUUGGUACAAAUCAGAGUUCAGCAUUCAAAGGAAGAGACUUCAUCAGGAAACUGGACCCAUAUAACGCACAGCUUGAAAGAAGUGAAUUGACAUCUGGACCAGAGAGGAAAAAACUAUGUACAGACACAAAAGGUGUUGAUCACAGUACUGCUGUCUCUGGCUUUUCAUCCACAGCAUCUGCAAACAGACCUGCUCCACAGGCCACAGAUAUUGCUAAUACAACAAUUUCAACAUUUGUAUCAUCUUUGGACUCUGCUGUUAGUCCAGUUGAAGUGUGCCGUGCAGCUGAGGAGGAGGAUCUGCAGAUGCCUGAUAUUUCACAUGUAGCAUGUAGCUAUGGUGGAAGCUGUGAGAGCCCAGCAAAAACAAGCACAGAUUCAGGAAAAAUAUCAUUAUGUGAAGAAGAUUCUACAAAAAUGCACUUCACAAAUGAGGCUCCUAAGAAGAUUGCUGAUGGCGAAAAAAGAGUUCACGAAGCAUUAAUUUAUCACAAUAAAAAGAAUGAGAAUAGUCUCACUGUAAAUAAUAACAACAAUGUUGAAGUAGAGACAGAAUCUAGAGACGAUGCUGUGUGUGACAGUGGCAUCGAAGAUGAGCGUGUGGUUGUUGAACAGGCACGAAUAGAACAGCAGAUACGCCAGGAACAGGAGGACCUGCAGUUAGCAAUGGAACUACAGAGGAAAUGGGACAUGGAAUCAAGAAUAGUGGAUCGUAGGAAAGGGACAUCGAGGGCAUACGAACUCCGAAGUACGUCAAUAUCGGAGACUGUUACCAAAAAAGGAAAGAGUGUAGUGAACAAAGGGGCAAGGCAACGCACACUUCAGGAAGCAUUCCACAGAGGUAACCAACGGUUGAUUGCCCAUUCUGGACAUUAGAUGGAGAAAUGAAGAAAAUUUUAUUAUUUGACUGAUGUGUGUUUAUUGUAAUUUAAUAUUCCUUUCUAUACUAAGUUUUGCAUUUUGUUGUGUCCUCUUUUAUAUAUUUCCUAUGAUUAUUUUGAGUUGUAAAAGCGAUUUUUAAUGUGACAGGGUAUUAUUUAUGAUAUUUUAUGAAAUCUGUCACAGAGAAAUUUUAUAUCAAGAUAUUUAUAGUCACUUUUUAAUUGUGUGUGUUCACAACUGGAGAAGCUACAAAGAUAUUAUCAGUGACCAGUUUAUGAUAUAAAUAUAUCUGUAUAUGACCUCUGUUCAAGAUUUUAUGUAACAGUGUGUAGAAGGGAUCCUGGUCCCAUGAAUAAAAAAAUAUAGAAAAUGAAAAAAAGACUAUUUGUGGUUUACAGUAAAUUUUUCUUGUGUGCUCCUCAAAUAUCUUAAAAACUAUUAGAAUGUAAAUUUUAGUGGGCUUAUCAUAGUACAGGAAAGAAAUGAUUACUUUCCUUUCACAAUCAAAUAAGAUAUUUCAGUGAAGACGUGGUAUAACAUUUAUGCAAGUUAACCCCUCCACUGAAAAUUGUUGCAGAUUGCUGCGAAAGGUAUGCAUGGAUUUUAGUUAUUUCAGACUGUUUAUAUCAGAUGAACAUGUUCCUCUGCAAUUGUACAUCUGCAUUCUGAAGAGUGUGAAGAAUGAAUGCAAUUGUUUCCCCAAAAAUUGUUUAAAAGGCAGUGUUUGUUCAAGAGUGGCUGGUAUAUUGGAGUGAGUGAGUGAGUGAGAGAGAGAGAGAGAGAGAGAGAGAGAGAGAGAGAGAGAGAGAGAGAGA